AUGGACGCGGCGUGGGGCUUGAGUGUCUUCCAAUUCCGAGAUGAAGACUGGAAAGCUCAUGGCAACCAAACCGGUUUCGUUGAGGCAAUCGGAUUGGCUCGCAAGGUGCGUCUCUCCUCACACGCUGUUUCUGUCAUCGUCAUAAGCGAAGAUUUGACUUUCCUGACCUCGUUCGCCGAAAGGUCACUGAAAGGUCGUCUGUUCGUGUGGACGACGAGGCUCCUGCUCGUGACCCGACUCGCCCUGAGUGACCUUCGAAAAGUCUUGAGUACCCGCUGGACGUUUUCUAUGAUGAACACCGUUGCGCUUAACGUCGAAGAAAAUGGGAGAUCGAGCCUAUACACCCACCUGCCCUACAGCCCAGAGGGCGCGCAAAUCUACAAACUGGGCUCUUGGUCUCGACAAUUUCGCCUUUUUCUUCGCUCAUCUUUUGAAAUCUUCCCUGAAAAAUAUGACAAUUUCCACGGCGGUUACGUCAAUAUCACAUCUGGUGUUUGGGCGCCAUUUUGGGACGAGAAGGAGGUCAUGGCAGCCGAUGGGUCAAAGGUCAAGGAGUACAGUGGCAGCGACUUCAUGGCUCUGGACACCAUAGCGAAGGCUCUCAAUUUCCGAAUUCGGCAAGUUCCUACGAAAGAUUUCGUUGAGGUAACACAAAGAGUCGAGGAAAGAGUUUCAUUCAUAGCUUCCAUUUACUACGUCGUACUCGUGAAUCGUCUCGAACGCCACGACUUCACCUACACUUACCAGUUUUCUUACGAGAGCUUCUGUCUGUCGAAACCCGGUCUGCGGCCACAGUGGGAGAGCCUCUAUUACCCCCUGGCUCACCAAGUUUGGGCUGGGACAAUGACUGUGCUGGUUAUUGUGCCCGUGGUGUUUGUUGUGAUUGCCCACCUCAGAAGUAGGUGGGACAACGUCAGAACGUUAGACUUCUGCAAGCUUUCCCUCGAAGUGUUCAAAACGUUUGUGGGUCAAAAUCUAACGCAGUCUGCCUUCAAAACAACCUCGGCCCGUCUUCUGAUCACGGCGUGGCUCGUUUUCUCUUUCAUCAUCGGGGUAGCUUACAGGGGUAACUUAACUGCUUAUCUCACUCUCCCUGUGUACCCUCCCAGGCCAGAAACAGUGGCUGAGCUUGUUGAAACUGUGGAAAGAAUAAACAUGCCAAGCUACGGACACGACUGGAAAGCAUUCUUCACGAAUUCAGACUCGCCCGUCUUCCAGGCCCUUGGCAGGCUCCUCUUCAUCGGGCCUUCCGUGCACGAAGGGUUAAAUCUAGUUCUUGAGAAAAAGUACGUUUAUGGGCUACUUUCAUAA